UGACAGAGUAAAUGUCAAAAGAAAGAGCCAACUUAGGUUAUGUUUAUAUUUUGUUGCAAAAUGUUCAAUUUAUUUUGAAAUCGUUAUCCAAUUAAUCAAUAAAUUUGAGCUUAAAUAGAAAUAAUGAGCGAUUCAGAUACAGACGAAGAAAAUGUAAUUCGUUAUGGAACACCGCUUGAGCCAUAUGAAGAAGAUGAAGUGCCAGCAAAAAGAAAGUUUCAAGAGCCAGCGGACCAGUACGCGGUGGAUGCUCAUGGACGUAGAAGGUUCCAUGGUGCAUUUACUGGAGGUUUCUCUGCUGGCUAUGGGAACACAGUCGGUACCCCAGAAGGAUGGGCACCGGCCACUUUCAAAAGUUCACGUUCAGAUAAAGCCACAAUCUCUAGUCAAAGACCAGAAGACUUUAUGGAUGAUGAGGAUCGUGAUGAAUUUGGUAUAGCACCGCGCCAGUUGGAAACUCAUAGAGAGUUCUCAGGUCAGAAGAGGCAACGGCGUCAGUUUUUUGAUGGACCAAUCCCAGGAGAACCAGUAUUGGAACAAUUGGUCCGUGCAGUACAUGACACAGCAGCUGUCAGGAUGUUGCGAGCAAUGGGCUGGCGUGAAGGUCAGGGUACCGGAGAGAGGCUAGCUAAGGCAGAGAAGAAGCGAGCUAAAGAACAGCAUAAGGUGUAUGGGUGUUAUGUGCCACCGGAAAUGAGAAAUGAGAAUCCCCAUCAAGAAGACGAAGAUAGUUCGGAUUCAGAAAUAGAUUACGAUACACUGUUCGCUCCGGACGAUUAUGAACCUUAUAUACUUCAGCGUAAGAACGAUCGCUUUGGACUUGGCUAUAGUGGAUUGAGCAGACAUUCAGUUCUUGGUAACUUAGUGGGAGAAUAUGGAGAUGCUGGCACAUCUAAAAGUCAUCUUACAAUGAAAGAAAAAGGAAAGAAGGUAUCGAUACGUGGUCAGGCGUUUGGUGUUGGCGCCUUCGAAGCUGAUGACGACGAUAUCUACGCGACUGAGGACAUGUCACACUACGACUUCACAUUAGGAGGUCCGGCUAAAGAUAAACCUAAGAAAGUCAAUGCUAAGACUAAUAAUGUGUUAGAUGGAUUCGUAAAAUCGAGUGUCCCCCUUCCUUCCGUGCCGUCGUACCCUCCCCCUGCGCUGCCGCGGGACUACACGCCCGCCCCCGCCGGCAGUCGCAGGUCCAGGUUCGAACCCAUCAAAGAAACUCCCAGAGAUCAAGGACUAGGUCGUCAUGAACUGACAGCGGAAGCAAGGGGUGCUUUAUUGGGGGAAACUCCCGUACCAAAGACAACAAUCGUACCAGAGACAAUACCAGUACAGAGUGAUCCGAUCGCAAAAAUAGUUGGUAGAAAUGUCAAUUUCGUUUCUAACACGGAAAAGAAAACCGAAUUAGAUUUUAUACCGAUUAAAGAUUCCGGUAAAGAAAUACAAAAGGUUUUUAAACCAUUUGUCGGUGAUCCGUUGAAACAGGCGAGGUAUGAAAGAUAUUUGAAGAAUAAAGAUGCUAUGGUAGAAAGUGAUAGCAAUAUUGAUAGACUAUGUGAAUGGGAAAGAGACAGAGAGCUGGCCGAGUUCGAACAAGCUGCCAAAUUGUACAAACCUUUGACAGGGAUUAUGGAAGAAAGAUUCACACACGCCGCUGAACCUGACGACGCAGUAAAUCCCCUUUGCGCUGUAGCUAAAAGUACAAAUAACUAUGGUCUGGCAACACCGGAACAAAUAGAAGCCGCUAGAAUUGGUGCAUUCGGUACUAUGACACGGAAAGAAACCUCUUGGAGACCGGAAUCAUUGGUCUGCAAACGGUUUAACGUACCCGAACCUGGUACAACAAGAGACGAGCCCAAAAAAGAUGAUAAACCAAAAGUAUCGUAUUCAAUAUUCUCCUAUUUAGAAUCCUCUGUACACGACAAAGAAAGCUUUACAAAAGAGCAAACAAAAUUCAGCGGCUCGAAAUCUCUCAGCAUUGAUACAGUUACAAAAUCAAAACAAGCAAUAACAGAGAAAAAAAAAGAUAGUAUAGAAGAAACUACAUCACAAACAUCUGUUAAUACUGGUUUUAGUAAAAGAAUGACAGUUGCAGAAUUAUUCUUAAAGGAAUCAGAAAAAGAUCUUAAGAAUAAUGAACAAAAUGUAGUUACAGAAACGAUAAAUAAAUUCGAUAAAAUGGAUUUAUACAAAUCGAUAUUCCUAAGUGACAGUGAGAACGAAGAUGAAACAUUAAAAGAAACAAAUACAAAAGAUAUUAAUGACUUCAUAGAAAAACCUAAAAACGUCGAAAGAAACACCUCACCGCCUCGUGGUAUUUUCGCUAAUAUAGAUUUCGAUGAACUUAACUCAUGGAAGAGGAACGCAGAUGAUAAAAUAACAGAGACAAAAACUGUCAAUGUAACGACACCUACAAACAAAACCAUAGAUAAUGAUAAAUGUAAAGAACAUACUCCAGAAACAAAUGAAGAUGGCAAUGUCUAUGGUCCGAAAAUACCCGAUAAUUUGAAAAAACGACUUGAAGAUAACAACACAAUUGUAAAUGAUUUUAAGCCUAUAUAUAGAAAUAAAGAAGAGAGAAAUAUAGACUCAUCGUCCGAAUCGGACUCGUGGGUCGAAGCGAAAGAAUUGAAAUCAAAGAAGGAUAAGAAAAAGAAAAGCAAGAAACACAAGUCAAAGCAUAAAAAGUCUAAACACAAGAAAAAGGACAGAUAGAUGUUAAAUUAUGUAUAUUGAGAUAAUUUAUCUUACUAAUAUUAUAAAAGCGAAAGUUGAGAUGGAUG